UCAAAUCGCAGAUUGCAGAAUUUAACGUAUACACGUUUCAACCGGUGAUAUCGGGUAAUCUCACGUAAAGGCCCCCGACUUUUUGUAUCGUUGGACCCCAGUCUGCGGGCGUAAAAGCUCUGAAAUUCCAUCGAUCUCAGUCCAAGGUUUAUAUCCUCUUCCAGAGUUAAAACAAUGUCGGACACCAGCAGGCCAGUGAUAAAACUUCCCAUUGUGGACAUGUCCAAGACAGAGUCGGACCGGGCCGGCCUCGCCAAGAUCGUGGUGGACGCCCUGGAGAAUAUUGGCUUCUUGUUCAUAGAUAACGUGGAGGGUUUGGACUUUGACCAGCUGUUCCAAGCGUGCCAGUGGUUCUUCUCACUCCCCCCGGAGAAGAAGCGGAAGUUGUGUCGGAAGAACUGGGUCCCGGAGAAUCCGAACAUCUACAGGGGAUAUUUCCCGGUGGUGGAGGGAGAACCGAGCCGUAAGGAGGGGUUUGAGUUUGGGCGCGCUGUGAGGCCGGAUGAUAUCCAGGUGAGCCCAGAAAACUGGUACUAUGAGACAUGCCCCUGGCCGGAAGAAGACGGGAAAUUUCCUUUUAAGGAGUACAUGACCUCUAUGUACGAGGUCAUGCAUGAACUCGCCAUGGAGAUUCUACGCUUGACUGCACUCGGCCUCGGUUUACCGGAGGGGGCGUUUACCUACUUGUUUGACGACAAGCCGUGCUCCACCUACCGGAUACUACACUAUCCUCCCUGGGACGGGCCCCCUCCAAGCAAUGCCCGGAUCGAAGAUGGCAAAAUCCUCACCACGCCUGAUCACUCCGACUCGAAUUUCCUCACUCUUUUGGCGACAUUCAAUUACAAAGGCCUAGAGAUCGUCAACUCUGAAGGAAACUGGGUCGCGGUGGAGCCAAGACCCAAGAGCCUCGUUAUGAACAUAGGUGACCUUUUUGACCGCAUGACUGGCGGGAAUAAGUUUCGCGCCACGCGUCAUCGCGUCCUUGACAUUGGAGUCGACCGGUUUUCUGUCCCCUUCUUCUUAGAACCGUCUUACUUCAGCGAUGUCGGGGUCAAUCUAAUUAAAAAAUACACUGGAGAGGAAUCGCACGAGCCGGAAAAGUACGGUUGUUACAUGAUACGUGUCGCCAAAUACGAGAGGAAGUAUUUUGAAUACAAAGUCCUUCCGGAUUUUGAGAAAGUCGGCGAGCGGCUCGGUUUGGUGGAUCCAGUAGGAUCCUAAGUGUUGGGCGCGGAAAGCUGGCGGGGAUCUAAGAAUCGCUCGAUAUGAAAAUCAUGUUCGGUCGGGAUCUAUGGAAAUCAAGCGAGGAUCCGAGGAAAGACGGAUAUUUAUACAUUAUAUGUACAUAAAUUUAUAUAGAUACAAUGUGUCGAUCGAUUUGAUUUAAUCUUAUAUUUUGAACAUAUAUGUAUAUGAUUUUAUGGUUUGAUGCAAUGAAUCAACAUCUUAGAAUAAAAUGCAUUAAUCAA